GUCCUUAGAAGUUCCACAUCACCUUUCGUUGCACGUACCAGUCUCGCCCGUCUCCUGCUCUCUCCGCCGUGCGCUGUCCCACGGAUUUCUCGCCGCCGACUACUCGUUCCCCCUUCGCGCCCAGCCACCUUCUUGCGCUCGCCUCGCCUGCCUCUUGCGCCUGACUCCUUGCGGAAAGAAGGAGGCUCCGCACUAGCGCCUCGGCCUCAAGGCGCUGCUGCCUUGCGGGGACCCGCCCGCCCGCCCGCCUGCCCGCCAGCGAUGGUUCGAUACGCGCAGCUGGUGAUCGGGCCGGCGGGCAGCGGCAAGUCGACGUACUGUGCGACGGUGCAGCAGCACUGCCAGAGCGUGGGGCGCACUGCACACGUGGUCAACCUCGACCCUGCGGCUGAGGAGUUCAAAUACGAGGUGGCCGUGGAUGUGCGGGAGCUGGUGGCAUUGGAGGAUGUGAUGGAGGAGCUCAAGCUGGGGCCCAAUGGGGGGCUCAUAUACGCCAUGGAAUACCUGGAGGAGUCCCUGGACGACUGGUUGAAGCAGCAGCUGGACGACUUCCACGACGACGACUACCUCGUCUUCGACUGCCCUGGGCAGAUCGAGCUGUACUCGCACGUGCCGGUGCUGCGCACGUUCGUGGACCAGCUCAAGCGCUGGGACUUCCAGAUCUGCGCCGUCUACCUCAUCGACUCCCAGUUCAUCUGUGACGAUGCCAAGUUCAUAGCGGGCAUGCUGGCGUCGCUGUCCGCCAUGGUGCAGCUGGAGCUGCCGCAUGUCAACGUGCUCACCAAGGUCGACCUGCUGCAAGAUAAACGUGCCAUCGAAAAGUACCUAGAGCCAGAGGCGGCCAUGCUGCUGUCGGACCUGGAUCGCUCCAUGCCGCCCCGCUUUGCCCGCCUCAACCAAGCCAUUGCCCAGCUGGUGGAUGACUACAGCCUUGUCAACUUCCUCCCUCUCGACAUAUCAGACGAGGACAGCAUCCAGUACGUGCUAUCGCAGGUGGACAACGCCAUACAGUACGGCGAGGAUGCCGAUGUCAAGAUCAAAGACGAGCCGGAGGAGGAGUGGGAGGGGGAGUGAGGGCACGGUGCAAGUGCCACAACGGGAUCUGACUGGGGCCAGGGGACUGUGUGCCUGCCUGGCACGGUGGCCAGGGCACCAAGUGUGUUCGGUUUUCUUGCACACUCCAGGUCAGCUCCAAUGCCUCACAAUUUCCAAGCUCCUGGGGUAUCACUGGUGGCUCUGGACAGGCAGCGGAGUGGGCGGCAGAGGGGGCAGCAGAUGAAGCAGCAGCGGGACCAGCCGAUGGGGCAGCGGGAC